CCAGGAAGUGAGCGGUUCGUAGCAAUAGACACGUUGAACCGUCGGUGUUUUAACCUUGAACAGCUUCGUAUGAAAUACAAACCCAUAACGACAACAUGCAAGUUGCUAUAGACAUCACAACAAAAUACUGCCAUAAAGAAAUGGAGGCGUAUGGCUCAUGUGUGGCAUCUAAUCCAUCAACAUGGCAACAAACAUGCCAUGAACUGAAGAUGAAGGUUGCACAGUGCACGUCCUCACACCCAGUGAUUCAGAAGAUCAGGCAGGGCUGCUCCAAGGAGUUUGCAGAGUUUGAGAGCUGUCUCAGCGAGAACCAGAACAAACUUUCGACUUGCUCACCUCAUGUGACUCGUUUUCUCAGCUGUGCGGAAUCGGUGGAUCUCAGUGGAACAGCUGCCACUCCAGUACCCCAGCCUUCGUAGGAUCUUCCAUCAUCUUCAAAUAUCAGCUACCUCCGAGUUCAUUUUUGCUGUCCAGCCUCCAACAGGAUGCACGGGUACUAGAAGUGGAUGGAUUUUAUGUACAGUAACAUUUAAGCGAUAGUACUUUUUAAAAAAUGAAUUGAAAUCUAUUUGUCCAAAUGACAUUUCUGCCUUAAAAAACAAAAUGCAUGGUUUGAAUUACAGGGAGUACUUUGGGGGUCUGACCCAAUUAAGAGGUAAAAAUAAACGUUGUGGGGGUGGGAAGUUCAAAGCAUUUAUAUACUUCUUACCUGUAAAUGUAAAUUUUGCAAUAUGUUUCCUGUAUUAUGCUUGGAAGAAACUUGUAAUAUGAUUGCAACCACCCUGAAUGUGAACCAUACCAUUUCUUAACCGUAAUUGAAUGUCCCAUCUUCCCACGUCACUCCCAUCACUGCGUGGGCUCGUUAAAGUCUGUGGUACCAGUGCGUGGUGCUAGCCAAAGGAUACUCUCGUAGGUUUAUGUAAGUACUUAGCUAGUUUAUGUGAUACACUUUACUUUGUUUUACCUUCAGAGGUUCUAAAUUAGAUUUUGUCGAGUGUCCACAAGUGAAUGCUAAUGUUAGCUAGUU